CCCGCGCCUGCGCCCGGCCCGCGCGGCCCCAUGCCUCUGGCGCGGCCCUCGGGGGGGCGAAGGUGAAGACCGGCUCCUAGGAUGAGUGAAGGGGCGGCCGCUGCCUCGCCACCUGGAGCCGCUUCGGCAGCCGCCGCCUCGGCCGAGGAGGGCACCGCGGCGGCUGUGGCUGCGGCGGCGGCGGCGGCGGCGGCGGCGGGCGGGGGCCCGGACGGCGGCGGCGAAGGGGCGGCCGAGCCCCCCCGGGAGUUACGCUGUAGCGACUGCAUCGUGUGGAACCGGCAGCAGACGUGGCUGUGCGUGGUGCCUCUGUUCAUCGGCUUCAUCGGCCUGGGGCUCAGCCUUAUGCUGCUCAAAUGGAUCGUGGUGGGCUCCGUCAAGGAAUACGUGCCCACCGACCUGGUGGACUCCAAGGGGAUGGGCCAGGACCCCUUCUUUCUCUCCAAGCCCAGCUCCUUCCCCAAGGCCAUGGAGACCACCACCACGACCACUUCCACCACGUCUCCAGCCACCUCCGCCGGCAGCGCCGCCUCUUCCAGGACGCCCAACCGGAUUAGCACCCGGCUGACCACCAUCACGCGGGCGCCCACUCGCUUCCCCGGGCAGCGGGUGCCCAUCCGGGCCAGCCCGCGUUCCACCACGGCACGGAACACUGCGGCCCCCUCGACGGUCUUGUCCACGACAGCCCCUUUCUUCGGUAGCAGCACUCCGGGCUCCCGACCCCCGGUGCCAGGAACCCCCAGUACCCCGGCCAUGCCCUCCUGGCCCACUGCGGCAUACGCUACCUCCUCCUACCUUCAUGAUUCGACUCCCUCCUGGACCCUGUCUCCCUUUCAGGAUGCUGCCUCCUCCUCUUCCUUCUCCUCGUCUUCCUUCUCUACCACCACCACGCCAGAAACUAGCACCAGCCCCAAAUUUCAUACGACGACAUAUUCCACGGAGCGGUCUGAGCACUUCAAACCCUGCCGAGACAAGGACCUUGCCUACUGUCUCAAUGAUGGCGAGUGCUUUGUGAUUGAAACCUUGACUGGGUCCCAUAAACACUGUCGGUGCAAAGAAGGCUACCAAGGAGUCCGUUGUGAUCAAUUUCUGCCGAAAACUGAUUCCAUCUUAUCGGAUCCAACAGACCACUUGGGGAUUGAAUUCAUGGAGAGUGAAGAAGUUUAUCAGAGGCAGGUGCUGUCAAUUUCAUGUAUCAUCUUUGGAAUUGUCAUCGUGGGCAUGUUCUGUGCAGCAUUCUACUUCAAAAGCAAGAAACAAGCUAAGCAAAUUCAAGAGCAACUCAAAGAGCCACAUAACGGUAAAAACUACAGUCUCAAAGCAUCCAGCACAAUGGCAAAGUCAGAGAACUUGGUGAAGAAUCAUGUCCAGCUGCAAAAUUAUUCAAAGGCGGAAAGGCAUCCCGUGACUGCAUUGGAGAAAAUGAUGGAGUCAAGUUUUGCCGGCCCCCAGUCAUUCCCAGAGGUCCCUUCUCCCAACAGAGGAAGCCAAUCUGUCAAACACCACAGGUACAGCAGGACUCUCUCGUCUUGCUGCAGCCCAGGGCAAAGGAGUGGUAUGCUCCAUAGGAACGCCUUCAGAAGGACACCCCCCUCACCCCGAAGUAGGUUGGGCGGAAUCGUGGGACCAGCAUAUCAGCAACUCGAGGAAUCAAGGGUCCCAGACCAGGAUACGAUACCUUGCCAAGGGAUAGAGGUCAGGAAGACUAUAUCCCACCUGCCUAUACAGCUGUGGUGUGUUGAAAGAUCCCUGGACUUAAAGUAUUCAUCCAGUGGUUUAACAACCCAACAAAAUGCAUCAAUAAAUAUGCAACUGCCUUCGAGAGAGACAAACUCCUAUUUUAAUAGCUUGGAUCAAACGGACCUGAUGGGAUAUUCAUCCCCAAGGGCCAGUUCCGUGCCCAUCAUCCCCUCAGUGGGUCUAGAGGAAACCUGCAUGCAAAUGCCAGGGAUUUCUGAAGUCAAAAGCAUCAAAUGGUGCAAAAACUCCUACUCUGCUGAUAUUGUCCAUGUGAGUAUUCCAGUCAGCGAUUGUCUUAUAGCAGAACAGCAAGAAGUGAAAAUAUUGCUGGAAACUGUCCAGGAGCAGAUCCGCAUUCUGACUGGUGCCAGGCGGUCAGAAGACUACGAACUGGCCAGCGUAGAAACCGAGGACAGUGCGAGUGAAAACACAGCCUUUCUCCCCCUGAGUUCCACAGCCAAAUCAGAACGAGAGGCCCAAUUUGUCUUAAGAAAUGAAAUACAAAGAGACCCUGCGUUGACCAAGUGACCUGAGAUGUAAGAAUCUGUGCGUUCUAUGCUUUGCUCAACAGGAAAGAGAGGAGAUUAAAUACAAAUUAUUUAUAUGCAUUAAUUUAAGAGCAUCUACUUAGAAGAAACCAAAUAGUCUAUCACCCUCAUAGUGUUUUUUAACAAAAUAUUUUUUUAAAGGGAAAGAAACGUUUCAGGAGGGAUAAAGCUUACCACUAAAGCUUUUGGGUAGAAUUUUGAAUACAAUUUCAUUUAGUCCCAACACUGUCCUCUUUGGCUCUUAGUAGAUGUGGGCAAUUCAGACUCUCCGCCCCACAGUGCCAGUGACCUCAUAAAAAAGUGCUGGCAGUUACCCGGUUUCAAAGAGAAGAGACGCAUCCCCAGGGUGGGCGUGCCAGUGAGCAGGUGGUCCUUGCCAUUUGGCUUGCCAGUCCCUAAAUUUCUAUUCACUCGACAGCCUCAUCACAGGUUAUGUCAUGUCAACAAAUGUAGUGUUUUCUAUUUACUUUUUGAAGAAUGGCACAAAGACUCUGGAAGGAGAGGGACAGGAGACAGAGGGAGUCAUGGGGCAAUCUUAGCCACUCUUACGUGCCAGCUUCCUCUGAAAUUUGAAGGCACAGAAUCUCAGAGGGAGGUAAGAAAUUAUUACAGAAAAAGAGACAAAAACAUCACACUGUCGUGUCACUAAAAUCAUGCUAAUAGCUAAUAGAAAUGUUUUCGUUUGAGAUCGUUUAGGGGCUCCAAAGGAGCACUUCUCAGUGUGUGUGCCUGUGUGUCUGGGCUUGCUCACUCGAGCACCGGUAUGCCGUAUGCACAUAUGUUCAUCGUGCGUAUGUGUGUGCAUGUGUGUGCGUUAAGCUUGCUAAAAUUUGUUCUGAAACAUCAGGGAAUCUAAUAUUCAGAAAAAAUUUCCCUCUUAGAUCUGUUCGCUUUAAAUUUUUCCAUUAAGUAUAAAGUUCAGUUAGUAAAUCAAGGUCACGUGCAUGGUGGGGUCCUAUAAAACUCUUGACAAUGUCUAGACUAUAUUCUGAUGUGAAUAUUUUUGAGAGGAACAGCUAUUGGCUCAUUAAUGAUAUCAGUAUCACAAGGCGAGUUGGGGAUGUGUAUUUUGAAUCAUGCGUACUUAAAUUAUUUAUACAAGCCAAUGAUCAAAUUGAUAGUUAGUUACCCUUUGUUUUCUCAUUUUCCUCAUUACUUUUUGUAGCAAGUCUACUACGCGUGGACCAAGACAUUGGCUUCUGUGGUUAAUAUGGAAAGAAUAAAUUGUUGAAAUUACAAAGCCCAGCCUAUUCAGUUCACAGGAAGCCCCCCCAAAGAACAGUAAAUUGUGUUGUAUGUUCAUUUGGAAUAAAGCAAUAUUUUUACCACUGCUAAGGUGAACUGAAACUUCUGAAGAUUUGUCUGUUUUAUUUAGCCUUAUUUUCACGGGGCAUUCAAGGACAUUAGUGUUCACAUAACCAGUCUUUUUCCAAUUAUUGGUGGUGUUGAGUUGUUAUGUUUACACUGUUUUAAAUAAAAAGGCAUAGUAUUUGAAAGUAUAUAAAAGAUUUCUUUUACUGAAGUUUGGGAAAACCUUGAUUAAGACUUCCUGUGGAAGACUCACAUUCCACUGAAAAGGAAAGUAACUAACUAUUUCUGAAUCAAAUAUUGAAUAUACACAAUUCUUAAUUAAGGUUAAGCUGUUUCUGUUUAAAAUACAUUGCAAAUUGCUCUCUGAGAACAUUCUUUCUUUGAUAAUAGACAUAAAUAGACAUAAUGCCAUACAGGGAAAAUAAAGAACACUGUGUUCUUAUCAACACUGUUUAGUGGAAAUUCAAAAGUCUCAAAUGUUGAAAACAUUUUGGUAGAAAUGCAUUUUAUAUUUAACAAAAACUUCAUGCUGUUCCUUAGUUGUCCUACUAUUGUUCCUUUGUUUUGAAUAUAGAGGUAAUACUAGACUCUUAAAAAGGAUUAUUACAGCUUUUUAAUGUCUCAAUUAUCUAAAUUCUCAUUUAGAAAUAGUAUAUCUUUGGGAAAAUUUUAGAAAAAUGGUUUUAACUAACUGGUGUAUAAAAACCCCAUAACUUGCAUAUUCGAUACGCUAUUCAGUUGAAAUUUAUCACAAUUAUCAAACAUUCACUGGAAGUCCUCCCAAGUCAACCUUGUCUUGGGUUUUUCACUAAAAUGCUACCUGUUGCAUAUCUAAACGGAUUCAUACAGGAUCCACUUAAUUAGGAGUUUGUGUAUUUUGUGACUCACUGCAGUUAUUUCUUUUUUAACACCUUUCACUGCAGUUAUAUUAAUAUAUCUUUUGCUCUAAGGAGAUCGAAGGUUGUCAAUCAAACUUAAGUCCUGAUCUGACCCCUUAUUUUUUUUUUUUGAAGUGGAACUAUAUAUGAUGUGAUUAUAAACAGCCUCGUGCGUUCUAAAAUGUAUGAAAGUUACACACAUCCACUGGCGGCCCGAUGUAAAGUUUAGAGAUAAAGUUAUGUCCAAAUUGGUAGUAGAGACAAAAAUCCUCCGUAAAGAACAAUUAUUAAUGGUCACUUUCAGUGGCCAUUUGUCUCCUUUUGGAAUAUGAAGCUCUCCCGUGAAAAGGGUCCACACUCAAAAAGCACCUCUUUGGGCACCAGCAGACAAGUGCUGAUAGCAUCAAGACUUUCAAAGUUGAUCUAACGUGGCCAGCACCUGGAGACAUCGAUACCUUGUCCUUCAAGCUCACGUGCCUACAGAGAAGUAUUUAUUUCUACAAGACACUUUUGAUUUUGCUUCAUUUUCCCUGUAUUUCUUAUGUGAAUAGGUAUUUGGAGAUUUGGUAAUUAAGUUCGUUGCAUAUUCAUUAUUUACUGGAGAAUGAAUGUCACUCAUUAUUUUUCACUCUGCAUCAUCUUCUGAUGUCUUUUUUUAUAAAGUGUGUGUUAUUCUGAUUUGCCAGUGACUUCUAUAGAAUGCUGUUGUUCAAACUACAUGAGCAAUUUUAUGCUAAUGAGAAAGAGUGGAAAUUAUGUUGGAGAAUUGGCAUCUAAAUUCUCUGAUUUUUGUAUGCACAUUAAGUGCUCUAUGUUUUACACUGUUGUCCAACAUCUACCUUGCUAUGGGUGAAGGACUAAAUAUUUGUAGAUAGAUCAAAUCUCCAAUGAUUUACAUUAUUUCCAAGCAUCAAUAAUAGCAAGGUCCUCUGGAGGAGAAACAGUGCUAUUUUCAGGACUCCACAACCACCCUGUUUUGGUCAUAACAUAUCAGGCCUACCAAAAAGAGAACAGAAGGGCCAAGCAGAUUUCCAGAGAAUGAUCACUGGCUUCUGAAUUGACUGACAGCUACAAUUUGAGUGGGGCUUUUGGCGACUCUAGCUAAAGCUCUCAAUAACCAGGUCUCCACCAGAAUAUGCUUGACGUAUGCAUCAGUCACUCACACUUACCUUGAAGUAUGGUGCUACAGGAAACCAUGACUCCCUAAGUGAGGGGGGAUGGUGACUCCUUUGACUCCAGCCCUGUAAACCAGAAAAUAUUGCCCUUAGACAAGUGCUAUGAAACAUUUCCCAAAUGAGUAUAUAGUAUACCUAGGAACACAGCAGGAGGGGUGGGGUUUUUAUUUGAGCUUUUGGUAUCCAGGAAACAGUUUAUAUAUAAAGAAUACUUUUUAAAUUAUUAUUCAAUUGUAUAGAUUCAGUACAGUGUAUUCAAUGAUAGCAUGUCUGUACUCUGUUUGUACUUUAGUCUACAGAAAUUCAGUCUUCAUCCAAGAAAGACCAGCACAAUGCUUCUGGGCUGUUCUCAAUUUUAAAUGCAUCCCAAUGUGUCAUGGGAAAUGAGGCCUUUAAAUAAGCUUUAUCUCUUCCUCUUUUAUUCUUUCUUUCCCUUUUAAAGAAAUAGUGAGGGUAAAGGAAGACAUUCAUUCCUUAAGGUCAACAUCGUUCUCUCAUAAUAAUCUGUUUCCUACUGUGACUACACGCACACACACACAUACAUAUAUAAGUAUAUAUGUGUGUAUAAAAUAUAUAUGUAUAUUACAUUUAGUUUGAUUAUUUUGGUGGCUUUAUUUUUGCUUCAUUUGACAAAUAUUAAAGUGAUUGCCUCAUGGAAUGCCAACGAAAUAAUAUCAUUUAGAAAUCAGCCAACUUGGCAAUGUUUAGGUAAUACAGGCAUUUUCUAGUUUUUUCUCUUUCUAAGGUAAGCAGAAAUAUCCUUGGGUUGGAAAAUUCAAAAGACCCUGGAGCAGAAUGUCUGCUAGAUUCUCUCUUAGAAAUGAAGAUUAAACUAUGGGUAUAUAUGAUUACUGUCCCUAUAGUGUAUAAUUUCAAAUAUAUUUUUUUACAAAUUUAACCAUUAGCUCUCUCAAAGGGGCCUAAACAGGUGUCUUUGACUUCUAGUGCCCACUGAACUCUAGUAAGGAGUUGUGGUAAGGGCAGAAUGGUGGUGGGGAAACCACAUGUUAAUGUUGGAUACCCAGUGAAGAUGUGAAGAUACUAGCAGAGAUGACCAGACUUAAAAGUACUAGGCCUCUAGUACUUUGAUAACUUUUUGUCAUAAAAACCUGUAUUGAUUGCAUGUGUAUUGUUGCCUAUGAAAGCAUUAAUGAUGCGACAGCAAAUAAUUCUUAUUGUUGGAAAUGAAUUAGAAAAUCUUUAUAUUGGAAGUUGUCUUGUGAAAGCUUCUGAUUUAUGUAUGCAUAAUAGUAGCUCCAUGACCCCAUCUGUCAAAGAAGGAGGAUGAUCUAGUUCAUCUAUGAUUUCCCUUUCAAACUGGAUGGAAUGUUAUCCAAUCAUUCCAACUCAGACUUUACCUCAUUAUUUGUCAUCCAGUAACAUAACCCUUUGGAAAGAAAAUGGCUGUAAGACUUCAAAGUUAUUGGCAUCUGUAUAUCAACCUGUGAAUGACUUACAUUUAUAAUAUUCCAUUUAAUUUCCAUGGAGAAAUAGACAGGAUCCCUUUUGUGAUUGUUGUUAAAGUAAAUUUACCUAGGCCAGGUAAUAAAGAAGAAGGGAUGGCCAAGAAAAUAUCUAAUUUCAAAGCCUGAGCAUCAAAAUUUGCCCCAGAUUUUUGAGUAUUCGCCACAGAUUUUUAAACUGUGAACUUUUAUUGAAGCCAGAGCAAAGGGUUCUGCAGAGAAGGCAUGAGACCUUGAAGCUGUUCUUCUCUCACAGAAGCUGUGACACACUCUCAUUGGAUACACAGGAUAUUUACUGAUAUUUUCAAUUAUUUGCAUCUCAAACUUCCUAACAUGAACUCUCCAAUUAAUAAUGAAUAAAUUCUCUGGAGACACUAUUCACAUUAUAGUUGGAAAUAAUCCUGUCUGUGGGGGACACAAUAGACCAAAAAAAUGCAGAGGUUACUUACUUAAUUUUGGUUGUAAUUGCUGUUUUUAACAAAUUAGUAUCUGUUGGCUCGUCCAGCAGCAUCCUGAGUAGCGUUAAUGCUCCCAUCUAUAAUUUAUCUUCAUUGAGGGCAACAUCUGAAUUCCUAAGUAUUUAAUAAAACAAACACAGAAUGUUGAAAACCUCAAUCAAAAACAGUACAGCUCUUUAAACUGUGUUGGUUUUUAAAGUUAUACGGAUUCCAUAUAGUUGUUUACAAAAUUGAAAUAGAAGGGAAAAAAUUCACAUUUUCUUAACUUGUUUUUAAUAUAUUUAGAUGUCUGAUAAACCACUCAUACAGCCUUGUUACACUUUACAUUGAUCUUUCUGAAAUAAAUUUAAAUGUAAGGGCUUAAACAAUCAUACACACACACGCACAGCACAGUACACAUGGUGUGUUAAAACUCAAUGUUGUACUCCUUUUCCUUAGAUUUUUUCCUUUACGGGUCACCCAAGUAUGUGACACUCCAAACUCUUAUGACAUGGAAGACCUUGAUUUUAGAUAUGUUUCUUAGGAAAUGCCUACAGCAAAAAAAAUAUAGUGAUUAUCUUUUAAGGUUUGUUCUAUAUAGCCUGCUUUUGAAUUUUAUCUUUACCAAUGAAAGUCUGGAGAAUAGAUACAUUUGUUCAAACUGAAACAAAUGGAAGAAUGGAAAACUUACCUUAAAAUCACUACACAUUUUCCAGUAGCCAAUGUAUAUAUUUUAAAGAUAAUUAGUGGGAAAUUAAUUGGCUCUUACUUUUUCAAGGAUGCAACUGUACACAUUAAAUCUAAAUAAACAAAUUCACUUCUUCUUAAUAUAUUUGACCAAUCAUAUUUUAAACAAAGAAUGUAAAUCACACAGAGAAGAAUACAUGCAAAAUGGUCAGAAUAUUUUUAGUUGUCAUUUAAAAUAAAUUUACCAAAACUGAUCUUUUGUGCCUGUGAUAAUAAUUUUGUUUCAAGGAGUGUAUAUGUAUCUCCUUUACCUUCUUCCAAGAAAACAUUUCAGAAUGAUGUCCACCAAUGUGUGGGAUAUGAAGGCUAUGGGAAAUAAUACGAGCUGUAUGUCCCUUGACAUCCUAGUAAAGUUCCAUUAC